CGCUGGUGGAUCCUGCUUUUCGACCUCUUAAUGUCAAGGACACAACUGGACACUGUCGUGUUGCAACAGCUGCUGGUCAUGGCGUCAUCAUGGCCUCAGAUGCUGGCAAAGAAUAAGACUCAAGCAACGGCACCGUCGUCUGAAGCCAUUCUGGAAGACCUGCAGGGCACAGUCCAGGGGCUGCUUCUGUGGCUCUGUGGAGAGGUCAUCCGGCGGCGGAGCACAACCACCGCUGUAGGAGGCUCCCAGGUUCGUCUUGCUGAUGGAGCUGCAAGGAUGACGUUCCAUGUGGGAGUGCACCAUGCCUGGUGGGACUCUGGAGGAUCCCUGCAGUGGGGAAGUGUUGAUGGUUUGAUCCUUCAGAGAGCAGGUGUAUAA